CUAAUGUUUUGAAUACCACCUGCUGUUGCUGACAUGGUGAACAUGAUGAGAUAAAAUAAGUGCUUGGGCCGAACGGAUGAAAAGGGUCAUUCAUCUACUUUGUGGAAGAAUGGAAAUAGAUCCCAUAGAUGUGAGGGGAAAGCAUAUUGUUUGACAGUAUGGAUGAAGUGUGGUCGAGAAAUGAAAAACGUAGAUGGCUGCUCACAUUAUUUUUGGGGACCUCAGCUCUUUAUGCAAGCAGGACUUCUGUCCCCCUUGCUAUACCAGAAAUUACCAAGGAACGUGGCUGGAGCAAAAAAGACUCAGGGAUGAUACUGUCGAGCUUUUUUUGGGGAUACACUCUGACUCAGGUGUUUGGUGGUUAUUUGAGUGAUAGAAUUGGAGGACAAAAAGUAAUAUUAAUUGCUGGGAUUGGAUGGUGCAUUGUUACUUUUUUCAUGCCUCAAAUGAUAUGGCUGUUUUCAGAUACCAGUAUUUCUGUCAAUUUUAUUGUAUUCAUAAGAGUUUUGCAUGGAGCAUUUCAAGGUGUCCAUUUUCCCAGCAUGAGCAGCUUAACUGCACAGAAAAUUACAGAGAAGGAGAGAGCCUCAUUUUUUAGUAUCUUAACAUCAGGGUCUGCUGUUGGCACUCUGUUCACUGGUGUUGUGGGAUCAAAUGUGUUGGAAUAUUAUGGAUGGCCAUUUGUGUUCUACUGCAUUGGUUCCCUUGUUUUAUUAUGGAUACUUCUACUAAAUUUCUAUGCCCUGUCCCUAAACAGAAGAAAAAAUAACCUGUAUUUGCCUUCAAAGCCACACCCACCUCUUUAUAUCAAAGAAAGCUUGCCAGUACCAUGGAUGAGACUUUUUACAAAUCUUUCUUUCUGGUCUUGUGUGCUUGGACAUACAUGCCAGAACAAUUGUUUUUUUCUUUUAUUAUCAUGGCUGCCAACAUAUUUUCAUGAUAUGUACCCUGAUGCGAAGGGCUGGAUUGUAAAUAUGGUACCAUGGCUGUUCUGUAUACCUUGUACAUUUUUUGGUAGCUGGAUGUCUGAGAAACUUAUAAGCAAUGGCUAUGGUAUUACAGCUACAAGAAAAAUUACUGAAGUAUUUUGCUUGGGUUUGCAAGCCAUUGGAUUGGUGCUAAUACCUCUAGCAGGAAAUUACAAAUGGGCACUUGUUUGGGUGUCUCUUGCAAUAGGUUCAACUGGUUUCCACAACAAUGCGAUACUGGUAAAUCCUCAAGAUCUUGCUCCAAAACAUUCUGGUAGUGUUUUUGGAUUGAUGAACACUGUUGGAGCUAUACCAGGUUUCUUAGGAGUAUACCUAGCUGGGUAUGUGCUGGAGACAACAAAGAGUUGGGAAGCGGUGUUCCAGACAACUGCUGCAAUAAAUUUAAUUGGUUGUGUUAUGUACGUAAUAUUUGGAAGUGGAGAUUCCAUUGUGUGAUGUUGCCAGAAGCUUUUAAUGAACAAAGUAUUCAAUAUUGUAACACUAAUACAAACCAGAAGAAAUAGAAUUCAUGGUCCAGUCUCAGUGCCAUUCAUUCAAAUUUUAUGUCAGUUGAAUGGGUUUCACAGACUUCUCCACUUCAGGAAGUGUAUGACUGGCAUGCAGAUUAUAAAUGGAAAGUUAAUUGGACAAGCAAAUCAGACUACCAGUAUUCACUAAGACUUAAAUGGUACUAUAAUUGUUAGGUAGGCUCAGAGACUGAACUCUUAAAGUUUGGGUGUCAACAGAUGAGAGAAGGACCUAAGGAAGUCAAUGCCUACUUGUCUACAUUUUCUGGUGCUCCCAAGUACUGUAUGUAGAUUUAUGAUUGUGUGCUUGGCUUCAGACUGCCAGAAAGUAAUCAUGGUACUCAAUCUCUCAAACUUCAGUUGCUGACAGACAAAAAUUUCAAAUGGGCCUACUGUCUACACCAGAGCUGAGGACGUGAGCUGCCUGCGGGCUUUUGUAUCACCUUUUGUCUUGUGGGCAUGAUGCAUGUGCAGCGAUCUCUUACUCGUGAACAGGACUGCCAAUAAUACACAAUUGACAGCUCGAGUUUGUAUUGACAUUAGUAUCCUUUGCAUUGUCAUAAUUAUCACAGUAUGACAAUGUAAUGGAUACUUACAAGCCAAUAUAACAUGUACAUAGUACUUUCAGAAGUGUUGCCUUAAAAACCAAUCUUCUCUUAUAGAAAAGUGCCAUGGAAUGAAAAAGUAAUAAUAGUUACUUUGUAACAAUUCUGUCACAGAGAAAAGCAAAUGAAUUUAUGCAAGUGUGCAGGCAUUUUUGUCUCUUAAGACUUUGGAUGUUUUCAUGCUAGUUGGGAGGGGAAAAAAGAAAGAAAAGUUCAAAAACAACAUCGACACAACUAGCCUACUUUACAAAAAUUGGCACAUCGCCAUAAUCAGACCCCAGCUCUGCCAGGAAGGAUUUAAAACUGCUGAUGCCCUAAACCAUGCUAUUUCAAUUUAUUAACUGUUUGUACAACAAUGUCCAUGACAUGACUUAUUUCGGCACAUUUUGCCAGCAAAUCAGCGUGAGUUGGGAUGCUUUGUAUUGCUGGUAUUUUCUGCUGGAUACCAACUUCUUUCACCAGUUUGUUAUUAAAGCAACUACACCAGACUUUUGACCACUCGUUGCAGGAGCUCCACCUGUUGCAAUCAACAAAGAUUUCCUCUACAGGAGUCAUAUUUGUCAUCAAGGUUUCCUAAGUAAAAAAGUAUGUCAUCACCCAUGGUUGUAUCAUGCAUUGGCACUAAAUCAAGGAGUUCCCUCAUCAAGUUGAACUCAGUGUCAACACCUCGUACAAGUACUGCAAGCUGAGUGUCAUGUGUUACAUCUGUGAUUUCAUACAAAACCAGAGAGAGAGGGAGGGGGGGAUCUGUAGUCUUAUCUUUGUCACAUUUCCACUUAAUUUGGUAUUUCUUUUAUGCAUCUGCACACUGUUCUCCAUGAAAGGGGAACUCUUCCGAAAACUGGAAGAGACUCUGGACACAAGAUUGUUGUGGCAGUAACAAAACACUGUUCAACAAGUUCUCCAUUGCUGAAGCGACAUGCUGUUUUGGUUAUUUUAAGAGAUAUGUGAUAGCUCACUCUCAAUACACCAUCAUGUUGGGUGAUACGGUUCUCUUCAUGUAAACACGUUAAAAGGGAGAAGUAAAAUCGAGGGUAAAAUUAUGUAAUGCUUUAUAAAUAAUGGUAACAUUUUCAAGAAAUGACAUAUAUCCAUAUGAACUUUCUCUCUUUCCUGUUUUGGGUCAAGAAGGUUGGCCUUCCUUUCCACAAUACCCAAAGUGAUUACAAAUUUAUCAUGUGGGUUGAAGUAUAAGGAUUCAAUUGAUUUUCAUUUUGAGGGUCUUAAUCUCUCAUCAGUCAUUUUAUUCUCAUUAAUUUUGUCCUACCACGAACACCAAAGAAACUUCGAUACUGAUAACACUAAUAACACCAAAUUAACAGGCUCACCUUGCAACGUGAGCACCAAUAACAAACGAGGGAUGUUAGCAGAGAGGUGGAGGAGGAACUGCUGGCUGACAGCACUCAUGGGCAAACAGUUUGGGCCCUCAUGGACACCCAUGCUCAUCAUAGCACUUUGGCUGCCCUUGGUCAAGACUGUUGUCAUUUCUUUGACAAUUCAGUAUUAAAUUCAAAACAAUGUGGUCAUCAUUAUAUGUAUGUAUUUGUGUUAUAUCUACUGUGAGCAUUGCAUCAAUUACCUCUCUAACGGUAGAGUCAUUUUUUCCCCUUCAGUUAUAGUACCCUUAUUUAAAUGUAUUAGCUGUCAAUUUCUGUUUCUCAAAUAUAUUUAAAAAAUCACUUUCCAUUUACGCAUGUUUCUCUCAGCAACUUCCAUUCACAAAAAAUUAUAAUCUAAUCUGUAGUUUUGUUCUCUACACGCUAUGAUUUUUAUUGUUAGAGAUAUG